UCACAUCUCAAGGUACUCCACGUUCCUAAGUAUUCCCUGCGCAUGUUGAGUACACUCUAUGAGGAACAGAAACGCGAUUUUUGCAAUACAGUAAUUGCAUUGUUAGAUGGAGCUAAUUCUGAUGACUGAGGCUAUGGUCAGGACGCAUGAGUCAAGGAAGCUAUGGUUCCACCAUUUUUAACCUAGUGCACCGAUAGGGGCGUGUUACUUCACAUGUGAACAAUCUCUAUAAGUUUGUUCUUAAAAAAAAGGUGCGCAGGAACUUUGCUUACUUUAUGUUGACAUCUUAUAUUAUCCAGUGCUGAGUUUCGGACGUGCGUUUCCCAUUCAUCAUCUCCGAGGAGCUAUGAUCCUUGGAUUCCUGCUUGAACGAAUCGUGUCGAACGGUUCAGGGGUAGCAAGAACGUGGUUCAAGUUUUUGUCCUCCGGAAUUUAUUGUACUCUUCCAUCGUGGCGGCCCGCUUUUAUUGUCACAAGUCAUCGCUGUGUCGUUCGGUGAAUUCGUGUCGUUUGCUGAAUUCGUGUAAAUUGGUGUCAGUUGGAGGGAAGGCGUGCGGGUAACGUAGAUUUCUGAUGCGAAAUGAGGUGAACUGUUGGCGAAGAAAGUCAUCCCGUUGUUGUGGAAUUUGCUAUUGUUAUUUUUGAAAAGUCCGCCGUUCGAAGUUCAACAGCAAGCUAAAUAUGAUCACGGAGUUGAACAGCAUCACUGUUGUACUCAUUAUUGCGUUUGGAGCGUUGAUUUUCAUAUUGACGGCCGUCGUUGCGAAGCGUCAAAUUCAUCGGCAUGUUCUGAAAUCUCGUAAAGGUCCCUAUGUUCCGAUUGGUUCGGGGGCGUCCCGGGGGAUGCAGCGCGAAGUUUUGCGUAGACUAGAAAGGGUGUCGAAAAUCAAGGUGGAACCGAAGCUUCUGCAUCUGGAGAGGCAGCCUUCGCCUAACCAACGUCACGUUACCAGCCAACCAUAUUAUUUCCGCAUGAAAGCGAUUGAUGACAUGAAGUGUCUCGAGGAUGAAAUUCUCCAGAUGCACAAAGUUCCUUUUCGUCCAGCUGGGGAUAGUUUGCGGCUCUAUUUCAUGAGCCUUUUGAGUGGGCCGUUCCAGAAAGUUGAAUCCUCCGUUGUAAGCGACUGCUGUGACUUCUAUGAACAUGCCCGCUUCCAUCCUGCGCCUUUCACCGUUGCGGAAUAUGCCCUGUUCGUGGAGUUGUUAAAGAAAAUGAGACAGUCUGUUCAAAGUACAAAGCAAGUUAAAACGGACAAUGCGGGACAAAGGAGACACGUUUUUGCCGCCGGCUACCUUCCGCAUGGCGGAAAUGGAUUGAAUCUCCGCAUGCGAAGAAGUUCUUCGGCUGGUGCUGGUAGUGAAGAUUCCGCGAUUGGUCGAGACCUGGACAGCGACACUGGCGGAGAUAGUGGCAGUUAUGUUGACGCUCGCAACGAAGAAUUGUCCCCUCAACUACCAACUGAUGGUUCAGAAACUGCGCUCUGA